GUUUACAAAAUGGCUGCAGUUUUAAACAGAAAGUCUUGGGGAGAUUUUUAUGCAAGAAAUAAACAUUUACCUGCUGCAUUUGACAGAGAACAUGCAGCACACGACAUCAGCACAAGUGUUUGUAUUAAUCUCAAAUCAAUUUCUGCACUAUUAAAUCCGCUGGAAGAGUUCAACAUCCACUACCAAGUCUUAGUUUCCCUCUAUGACGUCACAUACAGGCAGUUCUUUGGGCGUCAGUGGAAGGGGCCAAGGGUAGCAGCAAGGGGAGAUAAAUUACAGUACAGUAAAAGUGUUUACUUUCACACUAGCAUCAACAAUGUCAGUGUCAUUGCUGUGGUGGAGGUGGUUGCCCACACAGUUGCGGCUGAUGGGCGACCCCACACAGUGUCGUGUGGCUGGGGUUUUCUGCGACCUUUCAGCCCAGAUGGGGAGGUACCAGACUCUUCACGAGGGGCCAUCCCCCAGAGAAUCCCUUUAUACUACGGAACUCCAAGGGCUUUAUAUUUUCUUGAUGACCCCAUUGAAAAUAAUCCACUGCUUAAAACAAUAGAAAAAUGUGAACUCAGUUGUUCAGUUGUCUCCCAUAAAGUCCUAAGGGGGAUAAUGCACCUUUUGCCAGAAAACACAUUGGUGGAUUCUAAUGAUGUCAUACCUGGCAUUGUGGAUAGUCAUGGUCCAGACAAGCUGAAGAGGCCUGAACUCUUGAGACUUGUGCCCAUUGUCAUUGAUGGCCUGGUCAUCCAACUCCAGCCCAACGUGGAGAAGUUUGAAGCUGAGCUUUGUGAGCUGAUGACAGAAGACAGAGCCCUAAGAGAAAACAGGCAGGCUGACAACAUGCAGAUCUCCAUAGUGGAGAGAAGGCUGCAGGUUGGUGUCCACAAUGGCUGGUGUUAUAUUGAUAAACCAACAGUCUACCAUCUUGAAAAACAGACAGGCAACAUGAGCAAAAAACCUACAGCCAGCCCCACUGUAAGACGCAGCAGUAAAUUUCAUAUAAGGCGCAAUAGCACCGGCUCAUCAACAGCUGGAACAAAUGCAAGUGCUGUGUUGAUGUUGAAGAGUAAAAUAGAAAUACCUGACCUCCCAGAAGAUCCUUUAUGUGCCGUAGUGUUUGAUCUGGAGUAUGUGAUUGGGGAACCUUUGUCAGCCUUAGACAGAAAGCAAACCCAUAGCCUGACCAGAGCUUACACCCGUACAGUCAACAUUCGCUGGGCUGCCUGGGCCCCGCUGAUUGACCCCCACACAGAAGAAGUUCACGUUGCUCUGAUGGGCGGACCUCUCAGAUCUCCAGAUGAUGCUCUUGUCUACAAAAUACCCACUACAGCUCUGCAAAAUGAGCAAACGUCUGCUGGGGUUAUUGCAUUCAGAUGGGCUAAAGAUGGGGAAGCAAUUAGUGCUGGUCCAGUGACCCUUGCUGUGCCGACCUAUCGCCCUCAAGGCUCAGCCGUGUCAGUACGUAGUGAUGUCAGUGAAUCUCUAAUGUAUGAGACAGGUGCUGCAGGUGAUUACCCAAGCAGGAAGCCGCCAUCUUGGAAAAACAGCAUGCAUCGUCAGAGUGUUAUCUCCACCAAAAGUCACCAGAGCUUGCCUGCUAUAACUGUGUCUAACUCCGCUGCUUACAUUCAGAAUGGGCAGUCAACCCUCCCACCUCAAGUCCCUGUGGUUGCUAUGAACGCCAACCCUAUCCCUCAGUACAUGUUUCCCAUGCCCGCCAUGACGGUUGCCCAGCAACAGAUGAUGUCAGUUAGCAGCAUGUACCCAAACAUGUACACACCAACCAAUGGACUCUAUCCUGUGGACAUCAGGCACAUGCAAGAGACCUCAGCAGCAACAGAGUUACGAGACCUGCCAUUUACCCCAGUCCAUGCACUAGUACUUGCUGAAGGCUCACACCCCAAAGGUGGUAGAGGGCUUUCAAGAGCUGCAUAUGCUCGACUUUAUGCUGCUGGAUUCCCUCCCCUGUUGGACCGUAAUGGAGACCCACCAGAGGUCAUAGAUCCACAUGGACAGCAUUUGGUCAGUUUGGCCAGAGAACAGAUGGACCCCUUGCAAGCAAAUGAGGUCAUCUUUCAGUUUUUGGCAUUCACUAGAGAGCCUAUAUUAGAUAUAAAAGCAGCACAAGGCGCAGUUCAACCUUCAACUGUUUUUUUCACAUUCCAAUUCUACCGAUUUCCACAAGUCACAACAGAGAGAAUGCUUUUGUCCAAGCCACAGAAUGACUUGUCAUCACACCCUAGUGCCAUGCCAUUUGUUCUCCAAAGGCUGAAUCCAGAUGGUUCAAUUAUGGAAGGCCCCCCAGGACUUGAAGUAAAGUAUCCAAUUGAUCCAACUUUUUUAAAACCUGGAGAAAUCAGUUUGUUUUGGAAACAUCUCUAUCGUCAAACUAUGCACAUUGAUGUCUGGGAUGGAGAUUCUUUACUGCUGAUUGGCUCUUGUUCUGUAGAGCUUAAGUACUUAUUCCGUGGGGGUAACGAAGCUGUUCAGACAACCUUUGAACUUGAUGUGCUAGCAACAGAGUACCAGGAAGACUCAGGGGCCCUGACGGGUGAAAUUGUAAGAGGUGGGAGCAUCCGUCCUGUGGGGGUCAACUGUCUCAACCGUGGCCGUCUUCACUUCAGGAUUGCUAACAUAGGCUACCCCGUGGACAAGAAAAAAUCUGCAGACCUCAUCCCUGUAGCAAGUAAAACCCAGGUCAUUGUGUCACAGACUGCUGGGAAUUCUUCCUAUAAAGGUGGAAGUCUAACAACAGUUAUACCCCCUACUGGGACUAGAAAAGUGCGGGUGGCAAGAGCCAAACACCUAGCAGAAAACAGUGAGGUUGCAUCACUGCUGUUCUCAGAGCAGAGAAAGCUGGAGGGGCUGGGUGAUGAGGAGGUGAUGCCCAGGGAAGGAGAUGCAGAGCGACAACGAAAACUUGCGAGGCUGCAAGCUGUCAAGGCAAUAGAGCAAAAUGAAGACGAUAACAAAGCUGUAACAACAAUCAUUGGUUACAGGAAGGAAAAAACAGAAAGAACACGAGACUUUAAGACCAUGGAUAUCUACAGGAACCAAACAAAGCGUGAGGGAAUCAUCAACAUGCUGAGCACCUCUAUAACCACUGAGCACACUAUAUUUCCCUCCUUUGGCACAGUUGAGUUUUUUGAGUUUGUCCUGAGGAACCCAUUUAAUCAGGAAACUACUGUCACAAUAGAAAUAAAUGACCAAGAGCUCUUCUUGGUAACUGAUGCGCGUGAGUGGAGACAUUACAAACAGCUCUGCCAGCUGACAACCCCAAUAGAGGAAGGCAUGUUUACAUCAGCUAGCAGUGAUCAAAGCAAACCACAGAUUUUCUUGAGGGCUAAAGAGCAGGUCAACAUUCCAUUGAAGUUCCAGACAUUUAAAACAGAUAUGUCCGUCCAGCCUCAGGGUCCCUCCAAUCCAUUCAACAAAAAUACAAGACAAUCUCAACAAGACAAAUCUCUGGAGUCAAGAAUCAUCAGGGUUGCUUUCCGGUCUGAGGAAGGUAAAGCUGUUGCCAUUCUGAAUGUGAGAGUGGAGCCACAGCCACACGUGGUGGAUCAGACUUUCAGGUUUCAUCACCCAGAAAAUUCCUUUCUUAAAAAGUCUGUCCGCCUCCCACCCUUCCAGACCUUGCCAGGUGGUCCAGUAGGUGGAGCUGGUCUCAGCCAGGUGUUUGUCAGGUGUAGUGACCCCAAUGUCAUCUUGGACUGUAAGCCUACCCAGCCUGGGGAACCCCACGAUAUCUUUAUGAAGGUAGCACUUGGAGCCUCCCCUCAGAUCAAACGCUUCUUUGUAUGUGCAUACAUUGAUCCGUAUUUGUCUCAGCCCGCCCAAAUAUGGCAGUGCUAUGUCCACGCGCUUCAGCGCGUUGAUGUCACCUGCGUAGAAGGCCAGACUUCAAGAUUAGCUUUACUCCUAAGAGGUACUCAAGCAUCAAGGGUGGUGAAAUGUUUCACCUCUCACCCACUGGAGUUAAAAAUAGCACCAGAAGAACCCUUCAUCCUAGCAGCAGGAACUGUUCAUGAGCUGAAUGUGGCUGUGAGACCCAUCCGCACUGGAAGCAAGUUCUUUUACAUCAAUGUGGUAGACAUUGAGUACCACCAGCUGGUCAGGUCAUGGCUCCUCUGUGCCAGCUGCAGAUCUCCCAUUGUCUCCAGAGCUUUUGAGCUGACACUGCCUGUUGGAGGGGGGAGGAACAGCUCUAAAAGGAUCACAUACACAAACCCUUACCCUGUUACUAAAAGAUUCCAGCUGCUCUGUGACCGUCCUGAUCUGCUCCAUUUUAAAGAGUCCUUGCUAGAGAUAGAAGGUGGGGGUUCCCGCCCCAUCUGCCUCCAGUUUCUGCCUGUGAUGCAGCCUGGAGUCUUAGAAAUCAUGGUCUUUAUCAAUGAUGAGGAGGAUAAAAAUGAGGAGACAUUUAGGGUUACUGCUACUUACAAAUUUUUGUAAUAUCAUAAUGUAUUUUAACCAAACAUAGUGUUUUAUUAAAUAACAUGCCAGGUAGAUUAUUCAUUUUUCUUUCCUUAUAAUAUAUACCUAGAGUAAAUAAUAUAGGCCUACAGUGUUAGAAUAUUAUAUUUCAUAUAUUUUGUAGGUUUUUAUUUAUUUUGCUAUUAAAACUCUUGAAAAGAGUAGUAAUUUAUUUAUUCAAUUUAUUCAAUUACGGUAACAAAAGUAGGCACUGAGGCCUUUUUUUCACAAAAUAGCCUUCAUAGUAAAUAUAUGUAAGAUAAAAAGAUUGAUUCAAUUUUAAUAUUUUAUGAAAACAGGAUAUGUAUUUUCAUAUUUACUUACAAUUUCAGAUGUAAAAGUAUUUCAUGAAAAGUUUUGCAUACAAAUGUUUUUAAUACGUUAACAUGCUUACUUGUAAGUUUUACCCUAAUACUAAUGUGUAAAUAAAUGUUGUUCUCCAAUGGCUGUAGAUAAAGGGUAACAAGAAACACUUUACAUUAUCACUCUGCUAAUUCACUUUUGAUUUGAUUAUGUUAAGUUUUAUAACAUAGUAAUUUUGAGGUAAAAGGUAAAAAAAUAAAUUUGCUUUUGUCCUAUGGAGAAAACUUUUCGAAACACAGAUUUAAGAUUUUUAACUGUAUUGAAAUUGAAAAUAUGACUCAUUUUUUGUUGAAUGUUUUAUUAAAAGAUCAUAUCAAAGCUCAUACAUUUUAAAACUUAUUUUUCUUUUUAGUUUUUCUAUUGGACUAUUAAAAAAGUUGUACUGGCAAAAAAAAAAAUAAUCAAAUGGUCAAUAGUUAGUCAGGUAGUCUGCUGCAUUUUAAAAAGUUUUGUUUUAAACUUUUUUUUUAUGUCCGUGAUUUUACAGCACCUCAAUGUAGUAAUAAAAAUGUAUAGUAAAAUAAAAAUGUGCAAACAAAUUUUUAAAUCUUAUAUGUGCCUUAACUCCGUCCAUUUGUUAAAUGUGUUUACAUUUUAAAGUAUCAAUGUCUUCUAGUUUUUAUAUUGUCAUUUUAUUUAGAUUACUAUAAAAAGUUUAUGUAAGAUUAUAUUAUAGUCUAUUGUAUUCGCAAAUAAAAGAUUACAUUGAUAAACA